AUGCCUGCGCAGCAGCAGUGGCCGGAGCAACGAUGGCAGUGCCGCCUGCUCCUCAUCCGCCACGCGGAAACAGUCGACAACGUCGCAGGUGUUUAUGCAGGAUCGCGCAACUCACCGCUCACUUCUCACGGUAUCUUGCAGGCGCGUCGGCUGGGAGUGUCUCUCGCUGCGCAGGCAUCUUGCAUCGGUUCGGUGAAGCGUGUGUUUGCGUCUGACCUGGACCGUGCUGUGGAUACGGCGAGGGAGAUAGUUGCUGCGCAGCGGCGAGGGGAUAUCGGCGUUGCUGCUGCGACCACGGAUGGCGAAGGCCAUGCCAAUGGUGGUCAUGAAGAUGGUGAUGCAUUUUCCACCAGCACCACCACCACCUCUCUCCUAGCUGCUCGAACUCUAGAGGUUGUCCAACUUUGCGAGCUGAGGGAACGCGACUUUGGUGGCGCAGAAGGCAAGAAAUUUCGCGCUGCUGGACACGGUCUUGCCGAUGCAGGUGCCGAGUCUCGCGAGAGCAUGCGAGCACGGGCAGAGAAAUUUGCGCGAGAGCAUCUUGUGCCUGUACUUAUGGAUCCUGAGACUGGGAAUGGGGCCGUUGUCGUGGUCGCCCAUGGCUUGAUCCUGGACGUGUUGCUUCGUAUGUUGCUGGAGAAGUUUGCUCCGGCUGAGCUGGCCCGGCUGACUGAGACUUCUAGCACGUGGCAACAUGUUGUUUGGGGGAAUACUGGGUAUGUUGAGCUGGUCGUGAGGGCUUCGCGAGCUGCCUCUUUGGAUGACAUGGCUGGCGAAAGCACGAAUGAACCCUCACCAGCUUCGGCCUCCGGAUCGCCCGAUGGUGAACCCGUGGUAUCCGGUAAUAGGAUGCUGCAGACCUACCAGUCACUGCUGCCUGCAAGGCACAGUAUGUCGAUGUCAGUUGUCGGCAUUAAUGUCUUGCGACAUCUCGAGGGCUUGAAAAAGACCCGAGGUGGCAUAGGCAGUGCCCAGUUUGAUAAGCGGCAGAGGACUAUUGACUCGUUCUUUGGCCCUGCGGUGAAGAAACCGAAAACUGGAUAA